AUUCAGUGAAAGCGCGUCGAUGGUAGAACUAUUUAAUGACUUUUUAAAGGAUCUUUUUUACGUGGAUUCUUUGUUGAAUAUCAGUUGCGAGAGAAUCCUGUUUUUUAUCAAAGAAGUUUACUGUAAUUAUUCGAUAAUGUCUCGUUUGCAAGCAUGCAGAGUAUGCUUGGCACAUCAUAGCCGUAUGUAUUCAAUACAGAAUGGGCCACUUCAAGAGAUUUACGAAAAAGUCACUGAAACUCCGCUUUUAAUGAAUGACACAUGGCCGACAUGCUUAUGUUACAUUUGCUACCAUAUGAUGAGGAAAUUCCGCAAGUUUAUAGAUAAAUCAUUAAAGGCAAACAAGCUGCUGUUGCAACUCCUCAGUUCCGAAUCUGAGGUUACCACAGACACACUAGAUAUGAUUGUGACGCAACAACCUGAUAUCAUUUGGAAGUUUGCCGUGACACCAAUAGAAAGUAUUUUGCCUUUAGACUCAGAAGAGGUGAAAUUGGAGGCUACAUUCAAGAUUGAGAAGGUGAAAGCUGAAUCGGACUUUGAAGAGACGCUAGAUCAAAAAGAAGCAGAUUACACAGUUCCUAUAGAAUUUGCCAAUGAUGACCCGUCGAGUGACUCGGAGGACAAUAUGCCACUCCAAAAUAUCAGGACAAGAAAUACUGAGAAAAUAAAGAAAAGACCAAAAGUCAAAAUUAAAAAGAAGAAGAAUGUUCCAGAACUCAAGAUACCACCUAAGACUAUUAAACCGGACGCACGCGAGAUAUUACUGACUAAGGACCAACAAAUGCAGCAGAUGUUGGAAAGAGCGAAGUCCCUCAAUUAUCUGAAUUCACCUUUCAAAUGCGAACUGUGCUAUAAAGGGUUUAUCGACACCAGAGCCUAUGAAAACCACAAGGAGAAACAUGACGAGCGCAGUGGAUCGUUCGAGUGCAAUAUAUGCCAUAUGCGUUAUCUGACAGCCAGACAUCUCCGUACGCACAUAUCGACUUCACAUGAAAGACAUUAUGUUUGCAACAAGUGCGAACACAGAUCUCAUACUGCCAAUCAAGCGAGGGAACACGAGAAAUGGCACAACGGUUAUACAUACGAAUGUCAGCUGUGCAGUCAAAAGUUUAGGAAACCAACUUCAUAUCUAACUCAUAUGCGGAAACGUCACCCCAGUUCUCAUGUAUGCGGUCUCUGUGGGGACAGUUUUGUGGGAAAACAUGGACUACGCAUGCAUUACACUAAGGCACAUAGGAAAGAACAGAGCACCGAUGUGGAUUUUUCAUCGAAGAAGUUUUGUGCCGAAUGUAACGUUCAAUUUGCGUCUAUUGAAGCUUACAGCAAACAUGUGCUCAAUUCUAUCAAACACACCUUAGCGAGCGAAUCCGGGUCGGUUUGUCUGAUAUGCGAUAUGGAAGUGCCCCCGGGAACUUUGAAAGCACAUCUCCGAGUACACGAAAAUGCUUUGAAGACGCCAAAGAAUCCUUCGAAGAAACUGGCUUUAGUGCCUCUGCCGUGUGAACAGUGUGGUGCCAAUUUCGUGACCAGAUCCAAACUACAGGCUCAUGUAAACAGAGUGCAUUUAGGACUUAAAUAUAAUAAGAACAUAGUAUGUGAGGUCUGCGGGAAGAAAUGUACGUCCAAUGCAUCCCUAAAGUACCAUCAACGCACCCACACGGGUGAGAAACCAUACAGUUGUGGUUCUUGCCCCAAAAGGUUUUCCGAUAAUAACCAACUCAGAAUACACAGUAGAAUGCAUACUGGGGAAAGGCCUUACACUUGCAACGUAUGCGGAAAGAGAUUCAGCCAAAAACCGGCUUUAAACAGACAUUAUCGGGUUCACACAGGCGCAAAACCUUAUGAUUGUCAAUUGUGUGCAAAAACAUUUAGCCAAUCGAAUUCGCUAAAGUUACAUGUUAACACAGUACAUUUGAAACUGCCAAGCAAAAAGAAAGCCUAUGUACAACCAGAAGAUAAAAGUAACGAUACUCAAAUGCAAAGUUUACAAUAGGAUAAUCCAACUAUUCAUGGAAUAUAUUUAUAAUAGGGAAUGUGCAUGAAAUUUAAAGGUCGUAGUUCAAAUUUGAAUGGAAGGUAGGAGGGUGGUAGUGAGUCUCCGGCAGACUCCAAAUUUGUAUGGAGGGUAGUAGUGAGUCUCCGGCAGACUCCAAAUUUGUAUGGAGGGUAGUAGUGAGUCUCCGGCAGACUCC